AAACCAUACCAAAGUGAAACCAGAAUUUUCUGGAACAUACUACAUUAUCUCUUUACUUUCUAUAAAUACUGCAUCAAUUCCUUCGCUUGUCAUCAAAUCACAAAAGUAUAAUCUGCUUACCCUUCCCCUAAAUCUCCCAACUUUCGAAUUUCUGCAAGUAAUAGAAACUGAAGAUGUCACUGAUUCCAAGUUUGUUCGGUGGGCGAAGGAGCAACGUCUUCGAUCCAUUCUCUCUGGAUGUAUGGGAUCCCUUCAAGGAUUUUCCUUUCCCUAAUUCUCUUUCUUCUUCCUUCCCUGAAUCAGGUCGGGAAAAUUCUGCAUUUGUGAGCACUCGUGUGGAUUGGAAAGAGACUCCGGAGGCACACGUGUUCAAGGCUGACAUUCCGGGACUGAAGAAGGAGGAAGUGAAGGUGGAGAUAGAAGAUGAUAAGGUUCUUCAGAUAAGCGGAGAGAGGAACUUUGAGAAGGAAGAUAAGAAGGACACGUGGCAUCGUGCGGAGCGUAGCAGUGGAAAGUUUAUGAGGAGGUUCAGAUUGCCUGAGAAUGCAAAAGUGGAUAAAGUGAAGGCUUCAAUGGAAAAUGGUGUUCUCACUGUUACUGUUCCCAAAGAAGAGAUUAAGAAGCCCGAUGUCAAGGCCAUUGAAAUUUCUGGUUAAGGUUACUUUGUUACAUUGUUGGAAAUAUGAGAAUGUUGUGUUGUUGAUGCUAUAAAGAUGCUGUUAAUGCUUGUUGAGAAAUAAAAUUUCGUUUUGAUCA